CCAGCCCAGAGGAGGGGGAGAGCACGCAGGGGAGGGAGCUGCCGGGUGACAGGCGGUCACAGGUGCUGCUGUUGCCUCUGAGUCACGGGAGAGGCGUCUCUGCGCCCCAACCAGCUGCUGCUCCCCCUCCCCCUCCUCAAGGCUGCUGCGGCUGCCAGCCCAGACAGAGCCAACUCCUCACAGGCGGCCUUGCUUGCAGGAGGAGCAGCCACCGAGCCGCGCAGCCGGGGGAAGGAGCAGACGCCCUGGGAAGCCUGGGCUGCUGCCUGCUACAGAUACAGAAAUCUAGAUGGAAUUUCAAAGAUAAGAGAUGGUUUUCUCAGGUUUUGGAAGUAAUAGAGUACUUGGUCACUAACUCCUCACCUGAAGGACGGUUGUAUGCUUCAACUUGGAAAGCUCUACGUUGAGGUUCUUCAGCUCUCUUAAUUCCCAGAUUCUCUUUCCCAGAAGAAAUGGACCCUGGUUGUGAGAGGCAUCCAAAUCAAUAAUGUGACAACGAUAACAUUGAAAGUCUGCUGGAGAAGAAUCGCUAAUUCUUAUCAGAAGUGGUUUUUUUGUUUUGUUUUUUAUCCCUUAUAAAACAGACCAGACCACCUCAAAACCUGCAAACAAAAUGCCAGCUAAGACACCCAUCUACCUGAAAGCUGCCAAUAAUAAGAAAGGGAAGAAAUUCAAAUUAAGGGAUAUUUUGUCUCCUGAUAUGAUCAGUCCACCACUUGGUGACUUUCGCCACACCAUACACAUUGGGAAAGAGGGACAACAUGAUGUUUUUGGGGACAUCUCAUUUCUGCAAGGAAAUUAUGAGCUGUUGCCUGGGAAUGAGGGAACACCAAGAGUUGGUCAGUUUGGUGGACAUAAUGAGUUCUUAAGGGCAAACAGCACCUGUGACUCCAUGUUUACAGAAACUCCUUCACCCGUGCUCAAAAAUGCCAUCUCGCUUCCUGCCAUUGGUGGUUCUCAAGCCCUUGUGUUGCCCUUAUUGUCACCAGUGACAUUUAAUUCAAAGCGGGACUCCUUUGGGCCAUCAAAGAAUGCAAGGCUUAGCUGUGAGCCAGUAAUGGAAGAAAAAUUGCAGGAGAAAAGCAAACAGUUGGAGAAUGGGGAAAUGUACAAAGAUGACAUCCUAUGGGAGCCGAAUGGUUCUGGGUCGCAUUAUAUUAAUGGCAGAGAGAGUCAUUCAUCCAGCCUUUCUGAACAAUGCACUGAUUGGCAAACAGUUGACUUACUUGAUGACAGUCAUCUCUCAUGUGAACUAACUAAGGCAGAGACUAAGUCAGAAGAAUCCCUUUCAGAUCUUGCAGGCUCGCUUCUUUCAUUGCAGCUUGACCUGGGACCCUCACUUCUGGAUGAGGUCCUCAAUGUAAUGGACAAAAAUAAAUCCUAGGACUGUUGUACUUUUUUGCCUCUUUGUAAAUGAUACAUUAAAAAAAAACCUGAAGAAUAUAUAUAUUAAAAGAUCAGCUGUAUUUGCAGUUGU